UCACAAAGUAGACGCCAGCCACGGUGGGGAUGGGCAUCUGCGGCGAUGGGGUGCUAAAGUUCGCCAGGGAGCCAGAGGACGCAUGUCGCGGAUCAGGAUCACUCUAGACAGCGUCUCCAAGGCAGUAGGAAGCACGGACAUCAACUCCAAGUUCUCCCGUUUCAAGCCUGGCAACCCUGUGGUGGAUAGCGACCAUGCUGAAAAGCUUCUGGUGAAAGCCCAGAAGGUCUCAUCCACUCAGCCGGAUGUCUCGCUGCCUAGCAAAGCCACCGUAGAAGAUGCAGAUGGUGAAAAAUGUGAAGCAGAAGAUGAGAACAAAGAGCAAGCUGCAGAAAAGCCCUUCAAGAACUCCAAGCCAACUAACAUGGACGAGACCUACAAGACUUUAGACCAGCACAUCAACAGUUACUUUGGCAUGAGUAGUCAAGGGGAAGAAGAGGAACGCAAGCACGACCGUAUCCCAGUUUCAUCUCCAGCUGCAGCCUCUAAGAGUAUCGAUGCACUUGCUGCCACACCUCCAUCAGGAGACCUCCGUCACCCUAAAGCUAAACCUCCAUCAGACUCCCCCGCAACAGAAAGCACAGCUGCAUCCGGUCCAGUUCGACCCAGCUCCCCCAAAAAAGGCUUCACCCACUAUCUGUCCUACCCUCGUCCGAGUGUUCAAGCUUUUGUGGCGAACUACAUCGCUCCGCUGGUUCCCGAAUUCCGAGGAGACGCCAAAAGCCUUGACAAGCUCCCAGUAGUAGAAGCUUCUGUGGAGGAGGCGGCUAGUGAAGAUCCGAAAGCAGAUGAAAAGUUUUCUAUCAAACAACAGUGGUACAAUGCUUUGAAAACAUGCAGCCACUUGGAAGUGUGCCUGGCAUUGGGAAUGUUCUUCACAGAGACUAACAUAUGA